AAGCCAUCUCAUUUCGUUUUAGUCCAAACUUCUUCCGAACUAAUAAUACCCCUACGCAGAUUUUAGUAGAGUAUUUCUACGACCAUAAGCGUCCGCUUGUGUCACCCUUCACAGACGCAUAUUUCCAUCUCUCGUUCGUGACUGCUCGAUACGAUGUCGAACGCGGGCGAAAGCCGAGUAUCAAGGAAGCCGAAGGUCCUCAUUGCGACCUUUGACGGUACUGCAGGCUUUUACAAUGCGACGAAUUCGAAUGUUGUUAAGUUCGUGUCUUUAUUGAAGAAAGACACGGACAGCCAGCUCUCCUAUUAUCAGGUAUGUGCCUGUGCAGUACCCCAGCGAAUUUACUAUCCGAUCGCGGAUCACCCACGUUGCAGUAACAAGGGUACUCAAGUCCCCCUUAUUAUACAGGCUGGCAUUGGGACGUAUUUUUCUCCUGGAGUGGUGUCCCCCACGUUCACUUGGCUCGCCAAGAUAUUGGAUGAGGCUUUUGCAUGGUACCUAGACGUUCAUGUCAUGGAGGGCUACAGAUUCUUGAUGGACAACUACCGACCUGGUGAUAAGAUAUGUCUUUUCGGCUUCUCUCGAGGAGCAUAUACUGCACGUGCGUUAGCGGGAAUGCUGCACAAGGUUGGGCUACUUCCAAAAUGCGACGUCCAGCAAAUUGGCUUUGCCUACCAGGCCUACAAGCAGACCGGCACACAAGCAGAUGCGCUGGCUGCAGGCUUUAAGCAGACAUUUUCGCAUGACGUCCGGGUAGAGUUCGUAGGAGUCUGGGACACCGUACAAAGCAACGGGGUGCUCUUGAGCCGGAACCUGCCAUUCACAAACUCCAAUACCCUGAUCAAGACAUUUCGACACGCUUUGGCUCUCGACGAGCACCGUGUUAUAUUUCAGCCAAAUUUAUAUCAUCGACCCCAGUCAGAUACAGCUGAUCCAGAAUUUGCCGAGGUGUCAAAGUUAUCCGAAGUUGUUGCCGAACUGGAAGAUAGAGCUUCCGAUAAAAAUGCCUCACUGCGGAAUAAGCUCCUUCAAGCUGCGAAACGCGGAAAGAAGCUCGUGAAAAGGCCGAAGUUUCAAGGACUGAAGUAUGGUUUCAAGAAAAUUCAGCGCCAGCAAAGCACAAACGAGAUCGUCGCUGAGAUGCCUGGGGAGACUAUCGUCGUCAAGGAAGAGACGAGUGUGGAAGUCCUUGAUAGUCCAGACGUAGAGCCAAUACCACCAUCAGAUGUUCUGGAAGUCUGGUUCCCAGGAUGCCAUACCGACAUAGGCGGCGGUAAUGUUGGGAACUCUGUCAAGGUCUCGUUGGCGCAAACUACUCUUCGCUGGAUGGUUGAACAGGUCCUCCUGUCUCAGUGCGGCAUCGUUUUCGAUGAGGCGGCCCUUGAGCGUGCCGGCAUGCCAUUAUCGAGCCUUCCUAUUUCGAAAACGCCGCCUGCUACUGAGAAUCCGACCGGCAAGUCACCACCGAUGACAGACAAGACCGGUCUCAGUGCUGCAACCAACGACACUUUAGUAGAAGAAGCACCCUUACCCGCCCCUUCUAGCCCUCCCACUGAUCCUCCCACUACACCAUCACAGCCAAAUCCAGAAACCUGUGAUGCUCUUGCUCCUUUAUUCAACAAACUGCAGCAGCAGAAGGCCUGGUGGCUCCUUGAAAUCAUUCCCCUUCCAUUCGCCUGGCAAGAUGCACGUGGAAAAUGGCACAAGACAUGGAAGUUCCAUAUGGGCAAAGGUCGCGCUAUUCCCCACCACCAUCCCAAAUUCCAUUCAUCCGUCAAGGAACGGAUGGACUAUAUACCCUUGAACUACAAGCCACGAGCGAUAUACCGACAUGAACACGUCAUUUUUGUGUGACGAUGACGAUGAUUGGACCUUCACACGACUUACCUUGAUGCAUCCCUAUCUAUGAUAUACUAUUAUUAUGAAUCCAUAGCACGAAUAUCCCGAGUCCCCCGAAGGAUGGGUCUACGUUACAUUUUCUGCCCGAACUUUACCUUAGUAUUUACUAUUUACGAGUUGGGACUUAUUUACAACUCGCCUUAUGAUUGUAAUGAUGACGAUCACGUCAAGAUCACGUUGUACCAUACCGUUUUCUGUGUUUUGACAGGGCAUCUUACGACGGUUUCCGGUACCCUGUUAUCAGGCGGACCUUCCUCGGUUCCUUCUAACAACU